CCAAGCCUUGAGCCAGGCUGCGCCUACUGUCGCCAGUCUCCUCGCCUGCAGAUAAUUCCCGAAACAUGAGGACAUUUGCUGUUAUUAUAUUCACAGCCUGCUGUCACUUGCUACGGGCAUUUACCAUCACGGCUCCAAAAGACCUGUACGUGGUGGAAUAUGGCAGCAAUGUCACGAUUGAAUGCAGAUUCCCAGUAGAACAGGAACUGGACUUGCUUGCAUUAGUGGUGUACUGGGAAAAGGAAGACAGGCAAGUUAUUCAGUUUGUGGAGGGAAAGGAGGACCUAAAGCCUCAGCACAGCAGCUUCAGGGGGAGAGCCUCGUUGCCAAAGGACCAGCUUUUGAAGGGAAACGCUGCACUUCAGAUCACAAACGUGAAGCUUCAGGAUGCAGGUGUUUACUGCUGCAUGAUCAGCUAUGGCGGCGCCGACUACAAGCGGAUCACAUUGAAAGUUGAUGCCCCAUACCGCAAAAUCAACCAAAGAAUUUCCGUGGAUCCAGCCACUUCUGAGCAUGAACUAAUAUGUCAGGCUGAGGGUUACCCAGAAGCUGAAGUAACCUGGACGAACAGUGACCACCAGUCCCUGAGUGGGAAAACAACUGUCACCACUUCCCAGACAGAGGAGAAGCUUCUCAAUGUGACCAGCAGUCUGAGGGUCAACGCGACAGCUAACGAUGUUUUCUACUGUACUUUUUGGAGAUUACAGUCAGGGGAAAACCAUACAGCUGAGCUGGUCAUCCCAGAACUACCUACAACACGUAUCCCACAUAACAGGACUCACUGGGUGCUUCUGGGAUCCGUCCUCUUGUUCCUCGUUGCAGGGUCCACGGUCCUCUUCUGCUUGAGAAAACAAGUAAGAAUCCUAGAUGUGGAAAAAUGUGGCAUCGAAGAUACAAACUCAAAAACCCAAAAUAAUACACAAUUCGAGGAGACGUAAGCAGUGCUGAACUCUCUGAUCGUCGAGGCGGGAUUGGCAGCUUGUAGUCUGUGAAAGAAGGGUGCCCAUGGGACAUGGGUUCAAGGACUCAAAAUGGAA